AUGAUUUACCCCGCAUCAGGCGCCCCAGAAGCACAGGAGGUAUAUAGGUCUUCUUUCUACCCAGCCGUAGCAGCCUCCAAAAGCGGCGUACAUGGCGAGUCUGUCGACCAAAGCCAUCAGUUGAGUGAGGGAGACGAGGGUUCCACCUACACAGCUGGCUCAUCAGCUAAGGCUUCCCAUACGCUUGGCUGGGCAGGCUGGGCAUCCCAAUCAGGUGUGCCGCGACCGUAUACAAAUCCUGAGUACAUUCGCCACCUGCACACCCUACAGAGUUUGCUCCCUUAUCUUCAACCUGAGCGGAAGCUCAAUGCGUUGAACGGUCCGGUGGUAGACAUCAUUGAGCAAGACACAGGGUUUGCUCUGGCUUAUCGGGUUCCAAAGAAGAUGCUGGUCCUCUUCCUUGGUCGUAAAGUGGUCAACAAGUUCAUCCGUACCAUACACCGUGAGGACGACGAGAACUGGAAAGGUGCACCAACCUCUCAAGAGAUGAAUUUACCCAAAGGAGUGGCUAGCCAGGCUUCUAUGAAGAUCCUUGUAGCUUGGAUGUUUCGGGCCUGCCAAUACCAAACCAUGGGUACGAUGAAGCAGAUCCGUAUCCCAAGGAACACUUUUGCGGCCUGCUCCUUGGCGAGGACUAUGGAGCUUUUCGAACUUCACAAAGAUGCCUUGCGGGUUGAUCAUUACAUCGCUGCAACCCACUUUGCUCGGCCAAUCUUUGCUAGUGAAUUGGAGACGCUUUGGAAUUGCCUUGGGAAAGGGAGCAGGUACGUUUAUGCGGCGAUCAAUGUAGUUGGUCGUAGACUUCGUGCAUUUGAUGCCGGCAGCACUGGAGAAGACUCACUGGGAAUUGAUGCCAAUAUGUUGGCCAUGCUCAAAGAACACCGUGACCUUGAAGCGCGGGUGCGUGAUCUCAAGUUGAACGAGCAGUACCGACCCUAUUUCAGCACCCAGUGGAUCAAAAGAUUGAACGACAAGCAGCACGACAAUCGAGACCGAAGGUUCGACAAGACGUAUAAUCAUCCUAGUGAGCCAUCAUCGAGGGAUUUUCGGCAUGAAACACUAGCGGAGGGUUCCAAAGAGGAGCCACAGCCACUGGGGCUAAGGACUACAGCGCGCAAAUUCGCCGUUCUGCGAAUCGUCCCCGAAACCAUAGAUUUGGCGAAGACCGACGUCCAAAGGUGCUCAGAAUCAAAUGAGGAUGCCAGAUAG